AUGCCCACUCCACCUAAAGCUCUGGGGAAUGAAGAACAGGGACACCUAGUGUCAAGCACCCAGCCCCCGUCCCCCAACGUGUCCUUCACAACUGCCCAGGUGAGGAAUGAGCUGAGCAGGAUGAAGGUGAGGAAGGCCACGGGUCCAGACGGGAUCAGCUCAAGGCUCCUCAGGUCCAGCGCAGCCCAGCUGUGUGGGAUAGUGAGGCACGUCUUCAAUCUGAGCUUGAGUCUGGGGAGGGUACCACAGCUGUGGAAAACGUCCUGCUUGAUACCAGUCCCAAAGACCCCGCGACCCAAAGACUUCAGCAGCUUCAGACCGGUGGCGUUAACAUCCCACCUGAUGAAGACGCUAGAGAGGCUGGUCCUUGUACACCUACGCCCCCUGGUGAGCUCAUCUUUGGACCCGCUCCAGUUCGCCUACCAGUCUGGCAUCGGGGUGGACGACGCUGUCAUCUACCUGCUACACAGAUGCCUUUCUCACCUGGAAAAGGCUGGAAGCACUGUGAGGAUCAUGUUCUUUGAUUUUUCCAGUGCCUUCAACAGCAUCCAGCCUCUACUUCUGAGGGACAAGCUGGAGCAGACCGGAGUGGACCACCACCUCACAGCAUGGAUCCUGGACUACCUCACCAACCGUCCACAGUAUGUGCGUAUACGGGGGUGUGAGUCUGACCUGGUGUCCUGCAGCACAGGGGCCCCACAAGGAACCGUACUAGCUCCAGUCCUCUUCACCAUCUACACAUCGGACUUCUCAUACAACUCUACAAACUGCUACCUGCAAAAAUUCUCUGAUGACUCUGCAAUCGUCGGCCUCAUUUCCGCCGGUGAUGACAGGGAAUACAGAGAACUGAACCAGGACUUCAUUACAUGGUGCCAGCGGAACUUCCUCCAGAUCAACUCUGGAAAAACCAAGGAGCUGGUGGUGGACUUCCGCCGGAGUAAACACUCUCCUCCGACACCAGUGAACAUUCAGGGAACGGACAUUGACAUUGUGAGAUCAUAUAAAUACCUGGGUCUUCACCUAAACAAUAAACUGGACUGGACUGAUCACACACAGGCUAUCUACAAGAAGGGACAGAGCAGACUCUAUCUGCUGAGGAGUCUGAGGUCUUUUGGGGUGCAGGGAGCACUCCUGAAGACCUUCUUCGACUCGGUGGUGGCAUCAGCCAUCUUCUUUGGAGUGGUCUGCUGGGGCAGCAGCAUCUCGACAGCAGACGGGAAGAGACUUAAUAAACUCAUCAGAAAGGCCAGCAGUGUGCUGGGGUGUCCACUGGAUACGGUGGAGGUGGUAGGAGACAGGAGGAUAGUUGCUAAGCUAUCCUCCCUGAUGGCCAACUCCUCCCACCCCAUGCGGGACACCCUGGCAGCCCUAAACAGCUCCUUCAGCCACCGGCUGAUUCACCCCCGGUGUGUGAGGGAGAGGUAUCGCAGGUCCUUCCUUCCCGCUGCUGCAGGCAUCAUCCGCCCUUCCUCGUCUCCGGCUGGAGCAGGUUUCUUCUUCGUGGAGAAGAAAGACAAGACACUCCGCCUCUGCAUUGAUUAUCGUGGAUUGAAUGACAUUACCAUCAAGAACCGGUACCCCCUGCCUCUCAUCUCCUCAGCUUUCGAGCUCCUAGAGGGGGCCACCAUAUUCACCAAGCUUGACCUGCGCAACGCCUACCACCUGGUCCGGAUCCGCGAGGGGGACGAGUGGAAGACGGCGUUCAAUACCCCCACUGGUCACUACGAGUACCUGGUGAUGCCCUUCGGCCUCACCAACGCUCCUGCUGUCUUCCAGGCUCUGGUCAACGACGUGCUCAGGGACAUGCUCAACAAGGUUGUCUUCGUGUACCUUGAUGACAUUCUGAUCUUCUCCCGCUCCAGAGAGGAACAUGUACAUCACGUCCAGAAGGUCCUCCAACGUCUGCUGGAAAACUCCCUGUUCAUCAAGGCCGAGAAGUGUGAGUUUCACGUCUCGUCUGUCUCCUUCCUGGGGUACGUUGUAGGGAGAGGGACCGUGGAGAUGGACUCAGCCAAGGUUUCUGCCGUCACCACUUGGCCCGCCCCUGAUUCCCGCAAGCAGCUGCAACGUUUCCUGGGCUUCGCCAACUUCUACCGGAAGUUCAUCAGGGGCUACAGUUCGGUGGCGGCCCCCCUCACAGCUCUUACCUCCUCCAAGGUUCCGUUUCUCUGGUCCACGGCCGCCAAUGACUCUUUUCUGGCCCUGAAGACACGAUUCACCUCGGCCCCCAUCCUCCAAAUACCGGACCCUGAACGGCAGUUCGUGGUCGAGGUGGACGCUUCCGACUCGGGAGUGGGGGCUGUCUUGUCCCAGAGAGCAGCCUCCGACCAGAGGUUGCACCCCUGCGCAUUCUAUUCCCGACGUUUGACCCCGGCAGAGAGGAAUUAUGACAUUGGAAACCAAGAGCUCCUCGCCGUCAAGUUGGCUUUAGAAGAGUGGCGACACUGGCUCGAGGGGACUAAACUGCCGUUUCUGGUAUGGACUGACCAUAAAAACCUUGAGUACCUCCAGUCCGCCAAAAGACUGAACUCCCGCCAGUCUCGAUGGGCACUCUUCCUGACCCGCUUCAACUUUUCCCUCUCCUAUCGACCGGGGUCCCGCAACGUCAAGCCCGAUGCCCUGUCCCGUCAGUUCUCGGAAAAGGAGGGGGACAGGACCGACCCAGACACUAUCCUGCCUUCUUCCCGUCUGGUGGCCACACUCACCUGGGAGAUAGAGGAGAAGGUCAGGGUCGCCGCCCAAGACCAGCCCGGACCAAGUGCUUGCCCUCCCAACUGUCUGUUCGUCCCGCCUGACCUCCGGUCCGAGGUUCUACAAUGGGCCCACAGCUCUCAACUUACCUGUCAUCCAGGGAUCCAACGGACCAAGGACGUGGUGCGGCGCCGG